UCCACAGCUGCACACCCCAGCUGUGCCUGGACACCCCAGCAGAAGCAGGACCACAGACCGGGCUGCUUGGCAGUGGUGUGGGCAGCAGGAAGACCACCGCCCCGGCUGAGCAGUCCUGAUCACGCUUCUCCAACUACGCUGUGUCACCUGUUCCUUGCCAGAGGAGUCCUGGAAGUCCUGGAAUAAGUCUUUUCGCACAGUCCUCCUCAAUUUAGUAAAGAAAGGCCAUGUCUGCUUUUGAUCUGAUGAACCAAAGCAUGCAGCAUGCAGAGCCUGAAGUAGAAUAUAUCGCCCCAUGGAUGAAAGUGAGGGAUGAUAUGUUUGUCUUUGUUGAUGGUAAAUGGGUGAAUGCGAUCUGCUGCCAGCCAUCCUUUCCUUCCCAGAAAGUCUUUAGCAAGAAGGCACAGAAUGAGUGGAGCAUUUGGGAGGAGAACAGAGCACUCUGGGAGGAAAACCAAGUCCUCCGGAUAGAAAACAGGAUGCUCUGGGAAGAAAACAAGGCUCUACAAUGUCAGCAGUCACAGGACAAAUCUGUCCAGGUUAUUUACAGUGAUGCCAUUCAGCAAAGCCUCCAGAAGGAAAAAAAGCCAUUCCCAUUCUUCCAAGAGAGGAAUAUAGGCUUUCAGCUCAGCUCAAGCAACAAAACCCUCCAGGCAUUCCAGGAAAAGAAAAGAGUCUUAGAGGAUUUCCAGCAGGAUAACAGAAGAGUCCACAUUAUCUGGAAAGACCAAAAAGCUGUCACAGAGAGCAAAGAUGCCAGCUCAGAUCUUCAGAAGGACACUGGCACCAUCACAGUCCGUGAAGAGAGCAAAGAUGCCAGCUCAGACCUUCAGAAGGACACUGACGCCAUCACAUUCGAUGAAGAGAGCAAAGAUGCCAGCUCAGAUCUUCAAAAGGGUAUCUUCACCAUGACAUUCAACGUAGACAGCAAAGAUACCAGCUCAGACCUUCAGAAGGACACUGGCGCCAUCACAGCUGGGGAAGAAGGUAACCCUGGCCAAGCCCCCCAGCAAGAACAUGAAGCUAAAAAGAAAAACCCCACUGCGACCCAGGAUAAGACCAUGUCUGCCCCAAGCAUGCAGAGUGAGUAUGAAAUCCUCCGGGCUCUCCAGGACUUACACGAACUCCUCUACAUUUUCCUGAAAGUGAACCAUCAUAUUAUUGGGGAGAAACAAGGCUGUCAUGUUCUGUAUGAUGUGAACAGAGCCUUCCAAGAAGAUUACAAUAAACUGAAGCUGCAGCUGAAUGCUGUGAAAAACACUGUGUCAGACAUUACAGCUCAAAUGGAAAUGUUGGAAAAGGAGCUCAUUGCCAUCACUUGCCCAAUGUAUGAAGAAGCAGGACUGAACUUGGCACCUGAGCAUCAGUUUGGAGAGAUGUGAAUCUAAGACCUCUUAGUUCCAUUUCUCGGAAAGCUUCUCUCCUUGCUUCAGGGAACCUAAUAAAUCCCAUUAAAGCCU